AUGUCAGUUCAUCCAGAUCUUCACCAGCACUAUGUGCGGACCUGCCAAAACUUGGGCCAAUCUGAAAACCCCUUCAUUACUCACGUGCUUCAAGAAGCUGAAAAAAAUUAUAAAAUGGGAUGGACAAAAGGGAUCACACUAAAAAUAGCUGGAAAUAAUCGUCUGGUGCCUGUGCAGAGAGUUACAGAUGACAAUCUUCAAGUUCUUACUUCUGUCUUACAGAAUACUGGAUUUGUCACAGGUUUGGAUCUUAGAUGUAAUGUAUUGACUGAUGCUGGAGCAAAGCACGUGGCAACAUUUCUCCAGGAAAACUCCACUCUGCGGUACCUUAACCUGAUGUUUAAUGAUAUUGGCACAAGUGGAGCAGAGCUGAUAGCGAGAGCACUCUAUAGGAAUGAAACUCUUGUGUAUUUGAGAAUGACUGGAAACAAAAUAGGAAACAAAGGUGGGAUGUUUUUUGCUUCAAUGCUACAAAUUAAUUCAACCUUAGAGAAGCUGGAUCUUGGAGACUGUGAUAUGGGUACGCAGUGUCUCAUAGCAAUAGCAACAGCCCUGACUCAGAACAAAUCAGUCAAAGCAAUAAACCUAAAUCGUCCUUUACUGUACAGCCAAGAGGAGGAGACCACAAUUCACGUAGCUCUGAUGUUGAAAAAGAACUCUUCUCUUGUGGAACUACAUUUGUGCAAGCACGAAAUGAAAAACUUUGGUGUGGAGCGACUGUGUGAGGCAUUGUAUGAAAAUUCCAGCCUGAGAUACCUUGAUCUGAGCUGUAAUAAAAUAACCUGUGAUGGUGUAAAAUUUUUGGGAGGACUACUAAAACGGAACCAAACCCUGGAAAUCCUUGAUCUCAGUGCAAACAGAAUAGAAGAUGAUGGAGCCAUCUACCUGAGUGAGGCCUUGGCUUUGUACAACAGGACUCUUCAGGCGUUAGUAUUUAC